AUGAGGGCUGCUUUCAUGAAGGAGUAUCAACAAGUCCAUGGGCCAGUGAAGGGUGGGAAUAAAAAAAUAUCCGAAUUGAAAUGCAAGGAAGCAUGGAAUGGUAUGACCAUGGUGGAGAAGCGUCCAUAUUAUGACGAAAAAAGAUUGCGUGAUUCGGAGUUCAAAAGCCGUGGAGGGUUACUAGUGAACAAAAAGAAGAAGGAGAAGGUUCAAUACAAGGUGAAAAGUAGGUGGAACAAAUGCUCACUCUCUAAAUUUAUUAACACGGUAUGUACACUUGGAGACGAAAAGAGAAAGGAUGUGGUAGAUAUAGGUUUUGGCAAUUUGCUGAAUCUAAAAUGUGACCAUUUGUCUACCUCACUCUUUGAUUAUAUAAUUGGGCAUUUGGACAUCAAGAAACGGCGCAUUCAACUUGAAGAUAAUCAAUAUCUGCCAAUAAAUGCUAUUGAUGUCCAGAAAAUCUUUGGCUUACCUGCUGGAAUUAGGGACGUUCCUACAUGUCAUCUUUUUAAAGCCGAUUGGGUAACUGAAGGUGCAUAUCGAAGUGGGCUGCAUGUAAAUGAUCUGAUGGAAAGGGUACAACAAUGUGAGCCUAGCGAUGAUUUCAAAAGAGCUUUUGUUCUUUUUGCAUGUGCGACUUUUCUAACGCCUAAUGGGCGUUAUAGUGUGCAUGUGAAAGAAUUAAAGGCAGUGGAUAAUGUCAAUGAAAUCAAGUCGUACAACUGGUGUACCUACGUGCUUGAAACUUUGGUGGCUCACUUGGGUGAAUCUGAAGGAGGUGGAAAAAUGAAGCACGAGUAUAUCGGAUGCUUAAUUCCUUUCAAGGCGAAUGUGUCCCAUUGUCCGUCAUCGUCGUGGUGUGGAGGUGAAAAAGGCAACGGUAGUUGUUCGAAAAGUGAGGUUGAGUGUUGCGUUAAAGAAAUUCGCAACGAAAUGGAAAGAGAAGUAGAAAACAGGAAAACGUUGAAAAGGAAGGUGGAGAAAAUAGAGAGAUUGGUGAGGAAAAAGUCGAAAGGGGCCGGAGGAAAACCGAAUGUUUGUACAGCAGAUGGGGGAGUGUCCAUUGAGGACAAAGAUGUGGCACAAAAUUCUGAAAAUGAAGAUGAGAAGGAAACAUUUGACGCUCUUGUUGAUGCAGGUGAGGCACUAUAA